GCAUAGAAUAAAGGAAAAAUUGCAUCGGACUGGAUUACUCAAAUUCCCUGUCUUCUAAGUCCAUCCAUCCACACUCAAAGACUAUGGCCUCUCAUUGCUCCAUGAGAGCACUCCUACUCAGAUUCUCCAAUGGCGUCUCUUCCAGAUCCAUUCUCAACUCCUCUAACCAUCGUCUUCUUACCAUGACCAACUCUUUCUCCUCUCUUUCCUCAAUCUCCCCUCACACCACUUCGCAUUUCAUAACGCCGCGUCGUCUUCAAUCAGAUGACCAGAACUGUCGCAAGCUUCAAGUCAGAAAGAUUUCGAUUUCUACUCCUCUAUGUAUGGGUCGUCGCUCUUCCAAAAUCGCUGGCCGAAAGGGGGCUCAAGAUUCAAAGAAGGCGAAGCUAUACUGUAGAAUUGGCAAGGAGGUUGUAUCUGCUGUCAAGAAAGGGGGUCCAAACCCAGUUUCAAAUACCACUCUAGCUACUAUACUUGACAAAGCUAAGGAACUUGAUGUACCGAAGGACAUUGUGGAGCGUAAUAUUAAAAGGGCUUCUGAGAAAGGGCAAGAAGCUUUUAUAGAGAAGAUAUACGAGGUAUAUGGCUAUGGUGGAGUUAGUAUGGUAGUCGAGGUCUUAACAGACAAAAUUAAUCGAUCAGUGGCAGCUAUUAGAUCGGUUGUUAAGGAUUAUGGGGGAAAAAUGGCUGAUUCAGGAUCUGUCAUGUUCAAGUUUAGACGAGUUAGGGUAGUGAAUAUUAAGGUCACUGAAGCUGACAAAGAUCAGCUUUUUGUUAUUGCUUUAGAUGCUGGAGCAGAGGAUGUUAUUGAGCCCCCAAUUUAUGAAGAUGAUACUGAUGAAGAUAGGGAAGAAAGGUACUACAAAAUUGUAACUUCAUCUGAGAACUACUCAACGAUACUAUCAAAGCUACGUGAUGAAGGAGUGAACUUCGAGCCUGACAAUGGCUCUGAACUGCUUCCUCUGACAACAGUUGAGGUCGAUGAUGAAGCCAUGGAAUUGAACAAAGAGCUUAUGCAGAAACUACUAGAACUUGAUGACGUUGAUGCUGUUUAUAUCGACCAAAAAUAAAAAGAAUAUAUGUUACAGGAAGCUCCACUUCAAGAUUGGCUAAUUUGAAGCUCACACAAUCUCUGAACUGGUUUUGCUGAACAUAUAUUCUGAAGAAGGAAAUGAUGGUUUUGGUACACACUUACAUUUUACUUUUUCUAGUAUCCAAUCCGAAGCCAUAAAAUCAAAACUGUAAUACCUUACAAAUCCCUAAUAAGUUUUUUUUUUCUCAACCAAGGACUGUUUAUAUAUUUUAUUUAUAAUC